GCGGUCACCCACUGCGUAAAGCGUAGUAAUUAAGACGUACGAACAGGCUAGGCGGAGCCUAAAACUGAUAUGAAAAGUAAGGACACAAUUACUGAUGGUUCCAGUAAAGAACUAACUACUGUAGAGCGUUUCUCGAGACGAUAAAGAAAACAAAAGUAAAGGAAAAAAGUAAAAAUAAGACUGCUAAUCGUUUGCAGUUGCUUUUUAUUAGUUGAAGUGUCAUCAAAUUUUAUGAAAUAGUGCGAUAACAUGGAAAAGGAUACGACUGAUAUGAAGCCAAACCCCAGGGAGACUGCGAAUAUUUUCAGUGUUCUAUUCUUUUGGUGGAUGCGAAAAUUGCUUAUAAAAAGUGCUAAGCGCGAUUUGGAGGAAUCUGAUAUUUAUCGUCCAAUAAAAGCGGACGAGUCAGAAAAACUAACCGAUCAUCUCGAAAAGUACUGGAAUCGCGAGCUGGACAAACUGAAGAAUAUGAAAUAUACCGUGGGUAAAGAUGGGCAGAAGGUGCCACUGAAUAAGAACGUCCGUCCGAGAUUAUACAAAGCGAUUUUCAAUGCUUUUUGGUUGCCAUAUUUCAUAAUCGGAACCUAUGCAUUCAUACAGUGUAAUGUGGUACGCGUCGCAUUACCGAUAUUUCAGGGUUGGGUUCUCGAUUACUUCACCAGAAAUCAGACAGCGAAGACAGAGACGAAUGAUGUAUUGAUUUAUAUAGGCUGCAUGAUCGUUUGCAGUUUCAUCUCCGUUCUAAUAAACCAUCAUGUGGUAUUGCUUUCGCAGCAGAUCGGUAUGAGGAUACGCGUCUCCUGCAGCUCUCUCAUCUACAGGAAGGUAUUACGAUUGAAUAGAGCAUCCAUAAACCAAAUUGGUGUUGGACACAUCAUGAAUCUACUUGGAAAUGAUGUUAAUUCCUUCGAUCAAUUAAUGUGGUAUUUAAAUUUCAUAUGGAUCAUGCCUAUUCAGAUCGCGAUUAUAGGCACUGUAAUGUGGCAAAAAAUCAAUACUUCCACCAUCGUCAGCGUAGGGUUGCUAUUGAUUAUCGCUCUAGUGGUACAAGGGACCGUUAGCUUGCUGAAUCGCAAAGUCAAAGCCACUGUCGUGCCACUGACCGAUCGAAGAGUGCAACUGAUAAGCGAACUCGUAGCCGGGAUACAGGUGAUGAAAAUGUACGUCUGGGAGAAAUCAUUCAGCAAGAUUGUAUCGGUGACCAGAGAACUGGAAAUGAAGAAGAUCAAGUUCUCGUCGUACGUGCGCGCCAUGUAUUUCGCGACCGCAGCCUUUACCGAGCGACUGGUCCUCUACUUCACUUUGAUAACGUUCGUCCUAAUGGGAAAUAACUUGACAGCAGACGUGACCUAUGAAAUAUCGUUGUAUCUUCACAUACUUCAACUCACCGCCGUGAUGCUUUUCCCGCGAGCGCUGAUACAUCUGGGCGAAUCGAUGGUGUCUAUGAACCGAUUGGAGGAACUAUUGUUGAUGGACGAAGUGAAUAAGGAACGGUUGGAGAAGACGCCACAAUUACAGUGUAGAUCUCAGAAACCAAACAAGGUGUCUAAUGUAAAGAAUCGGACAGAUAGAUACCUCUCGACAAAUGACAGUACCGCGCUUUCCGAGCUUCAGGAAUUAUUUGAUCUUCCGGUCUGCGUGAAGGUUCAAUGUGUUUUUGCAAAUUGGAUUCAAGGCCAUUUGCCGCCGACUUUGUGCGAUAUCAACUUGACCAUCAAGCCGGGUCAGUUGUGCGCUGUGGUCGGCGCCGUGGGCUCCGGCAAAUCAUCCAUGCUACAUUUGCUGCUGAAGGAGUUGGAUCCAAGCGCUGGUGUCGUGAUCUUCACUCAAGACUCCUUAAAAAAAAGUUCUCAAAGCAACCUGUCCAACGGGUACUCUAUCAACAACCCAAAUCUGCGUAUCUCUUAUGCUAGCCAGGAACCUUGGAUCUUCGACGGUACUAUAAGAGACAACAUACUGUUUGGCCAGCCUUAUAACAAAGCCAGAUAUAUCGAGGUGGCAAAUGUGUGCGCCUUGACGAAGGAUUUCCGGCAGUUUCCGCAGAGAGACAUGGUGAUGGUUGGCGAUAAGGGUAUAUCCCUGUCCGGAGGUCAAAAGGCACGAAUCAAUCUCGCGAGGGCGGUUUACAGGCAGGCGGAUCUGUAUCUGCUCGACGAUCCCUUGAGCGCAGUGGAUUCUUGCGUCGCCCGGCAUCUUUAUUGGAAGUGCAUCACUGAGUAUCUCCGAGGCAAAACGAGGAUAGUCGUAACCCAUCAGUUGCAAUUUCUGAAACGCGCGGAUCACAUCGUCGUCUUGGAUGGAGGUUCUGUGAAGGUGCAAGGGAGUUAUAACAAAUUGGAACAGUCAAAUAAAGACUACAUUGGCAUGUUAGACAGUUUGAGUUAUACGACGCGGAAAAAGGAAGAAGACAUGAGAAGAGCUUCGGAGAUAUCUCUGAAAAAUAUCUCGAAAAUGAGACGUGCCUCGGGAAUAUCAACCGCAAGUUCUAUCGUUUCUGACAUUGAUGAUUCCGAUUAUGCGGCGCAUAUCCCGGAAGCCGAGAUGAUGGCGCAUGGUCGAAUAUCCGGCAGAGUAUACAGGGAAUAUUUGCAUCGCGGAGGCAACUGUUUCACCCUGUUCAUUCUGCUACUGCUCUUUAUCAUCAGUCAGGUUGCCAUCACCGGGACUGAUUACUGGCUAUCGUACUGGACCAACUUGGAGAAUGUCAAGUGCAUCAAAAACACUAGUGACAUUAGACAGUUCGCAAACAUGUACAACGACAGAUUCCUUGGGUCGAUCUUCACGCUGAACCCGGACGGUCUGCUCAGUACUGUGGAUGCCAUAUACAUAUACACAUUCUGCAUCAUCGCCUCCAUAGCCACCGUUCUGCUCCGCAGCUUCCUCUUCAUGAAAAUCUGCACACAGUCGAGCUGCAACCUGCACAAUACCAUGUUGUCCAGUCUAUUGAAGGCACGCAUGUCCUUCUUUCACGUCAAUCCUUCCGGGAGAAUUUUAAAUAGAUUUUCAAAAGAAAUUAAUACUGUCGACGUGCUGCUGCCCAAUACAAUGUUGGACGCGAUUCAGUUGUGUUUCACAUUGGGUGGUAUAAUGAUCAUGGAGGCGAUAAUUAAUCUCUGGAUGCUGAUGCCGAUAGCAGUACUGGUCGUCUUAUUAUACUUUGCGACGAAACUCUAUAUGAGAUUCGCUCAGAACAUCAAACGUCUCGAAGGCAUAACAAAGAGUCCAUUGUUCACGCACGUGAAUGCCACGCUGAACGGUCUGCCAACGAUCAGAAGUAGUGGCGCCGGAAUCGAGAAGAUGAUGCGAAAACAGUUCGAUAUGUUGCAAGACCGGCAUAGCGGCACGUGGUACCUUUUCUUAACAUACGGGGCAAUCUUGGGUCUCUUUACGGAUAUAAUCAUGUGUCUAUUCAUCGCUUUGAUUACCAUCUCUUUAGUUCUGAUAAAUGAGAACGAGAUGGUAGACGACAGCACAGCAGGUCUGGCGAUAUCACAAGCUUUGGUCCUAACCGGUAUCUUGCAAUACGGCAUAAAACAGUUCUCCGAGACGAUGUCGCUGAUGACAUCCGUGGAAAGAGUCCUCGAGUACACGAAUCUUCCUCAAGAAAGAUCAAUUACCUCGGACAGUCCACCGCCAUCUACAUGGCCGUCUCAAGGACAAUUGAUUCUAAAGAACGUCAGCAUGAAGUACCACAAAGACGAUCCACCGGUCCUAAAGGAUCUGAACGUAUCCAUCGAGCCGGGAUGGAAAGUUGGGGUGGUGGGACGAACUGGCGCCGGCAAGUCCUCGUUGAUCUCAGCACUUUUCCGUCUAUUCAACGAAUAUUUGGAGGGCGAGAUUAAGAUCGACGGUCGUGACACGAGUACGGUAAGCCUGAGCGAGUUACGCUCCAAGAUCUCCAUCAUACCACAGCAACCGGUGCUCUUCUCCGAGAGUCUGCGCUACAAUCUGGACCCGUUCAGUCAGUACGACGAUAUGAAGCUGUGGGAGGUGUUGCGGCAAGUUGAGCUGAAUCAUGUUGCACUGGAUCAUGAUAUCCUGUAUGGCGGCCGUAAUUUUAGUGAUGGUCAGAGGCAGCUCAUAUGUCUGGCCAGGACUAUCCUGAGGAACAAUCGCUUGCUGGUUCUGGAUGAAGCCACGGCAAAUAUUGAUUCGCACACCGAUGCUUUAAUUCAAGACACUAUAAGGAGGAACUUUAAAGAAUGCACCGUCGUCACGGUAGCACAUCGUUUAAAUACCAUUAUAGACAGCGAUCGGAUUAUUGUGAUGGAAGAUGGCACCAUCGUGGAAUUCGGUUGCCCUUACGAGCUGUUGCACGAAAAACCAAACGGCUACUUCUCACAAAUGGUACAAAAGACGGACAAUCAGAUGGCACAGAAUCUUUUGGAACUGGCGAGAAAAGCUUGCGAGAAACACGAGGAUCAUUACCAUUUGAGGUUAUCGCAACGAAAUACUGAGAACGAGAGCGAGGCCACAAUUACAGAAGAGUCCGCUUUGUAGAUUUCUUUUGGCUAUUUUUUUAAUUAAAAAAGGGAAAUGUAUAUAUUUAUAAUUACGUAGAUGUAUAUUUUAUUGUA